CCCGUUUGGCAUGCGUGGUUGCUAGGCAACGCAGGAUUAUCAUUGAGUCUAGUUAACAUCGCAUCCCUGGGUUUUCCUUCCGAGAGAGUCAAAUGUUAUCAGAUAUAUUAUCCACUGCAGGGAAAUGAUAUCCUUUUCUCAUUAUUGCACUUGACAUCCCGUUGAGCGGAGAGAUUUUUAUUACUAGGUGCUUUAGUUUCACAAAUGAGCUCUCCUGAAAACGGACCGAACAAAAACUGCAUUAUUGUGCUUGCCAAAGAAUAAAUAGUUGCAAGUUGCAGAAAUAGUCGGGCUAUAUUUUUUGGAUUCACACGUGAGAAAUUUAUCACCUUGCAUAAGAAUAGGUUUACAGUUGCGAGAACAGGAAUAAUGUGUGAUUUAGAGUACAGCGUACGUGUCAUGCAAAGAGAAGACAUACCGCAGGUUCUGGAAGUGUGGAAAGAAACAAAACUUCAGGAAGGUACACAGACACUUUACACUUGGUUUGAAGUAGACCCAGAAGCAUUUUACAUUGCGGUCACAGAAUCAGGUGAAGUGAUAGGUGUGUGCUCCGGUCUCAUUCAUCACGAAGACUUGGCAUUUGUGGGUAUCUAUGCUGUUCGGGAGAAAUACCGUGGGAAAGGAGUAGGAUAUAAGGUGUGGAGUGCAUGCAUGGACCACAUUGGAUCUAUGGAUGUCUGCAUAAAUGCUGUUCCUGAUAAAUUCGAACUAUAUCGUGACAAAGGAGGCUUUCCCGUGGUGGAAACAGAAUGGAAAUGCGUGGUAAAUGAAACUCAAUUUGAUGUAGCUUUCAACCCAGAAGCCUUAUCCGAUAUCAUCCCAGAAGGCGUUGAGAUUCUACCUUUCCAAGAUUCCUUUUUGCCGUCCAUGCUAGAGUAUGAUUAUUCUUUAAUGGGCUACAAAAGAGACAUCGCGAUAGAGCUCAACUGCAAAGAGAAGGACAGUCAAACUGUCGUAGCAAUGAAAGAUGGCGCUUGCAUCGGAUGGGGAACAAUCAAAUUGACUUGUCUUAAUUUGGGACUGGUUGGACCUUUGUAUGCUGAUGACGCAGAUGUGGCCGAGGCCAUUCUCCGGCGACUCAUCACCGAAUAUCCACGCUAUGACGGUUUUUCGAUGAUGACCAUUUCAAGUAAUGUGGCUGCGAGUGCGAUGCUGAGAAAAAUCGGCUGCCAGGCAUUGGAAGAAUGUCCUCGACUCUAUAGAAAACAUAAACUGAAAGUAGACGUAAAUAAAGUGUUCGCUCACUUUAAUUGUAACUUUUCACCAUUUUAAAAAGCCAUCUUAAGUCAUCUUGGGAAUAUCUAUCAUCAUAUCUAUUUUUUGAAAAAGCUUUUGUUCUAAGCAGUAGUUAUUUUGUAUAUUUUUGUUAAGUAGCAACAGAGUUUAUAAAUAUACAAAAUUACUAGGGGUAAAGAAAAGGUUUUGAAAGGCUAAAGGUUAAAAAGUAAACGGUUAAUCUAUCAUUUGAAAGAAGAGCGAUAUUUUGCAAAGAGUUUUGUGUAGCAUUAACCGUAACACUAACCUCACUUUCAACCCUCUUAGCGUUACAGCAAUUUGCAGGGAAAUAUUCGCGCAUGCGCAGUAUUUGCACAUUAACCCUAACCUUACUUUCAACCCUCUUCCUUACAGCAAUUUGUAGGUAAAUAUUCACGAGCGAUUAAUCCUCACUUCGGCCGGAUCGCACUAUUGGUUGAAAAUGACAUCACUGUUCGGGGGAAGACCCAUGCUGUGUAUUGCAUAGUAUUUUGGCGACAGAUUUUAGAUUUAGUUUUCAAACGCGAUCUGUUUAACACGC